GGAGCACAUUGCCUUAAACUAAUGAGUAAGGAAAACAAAGCGAGCGGUGGGAGCCGGUUGCAGUGCCGAUGAUCUCCUCAUCGAAAGGUGGGGGGAGGGUGCGCAUGAAUUUAUGGAAGGGGAAUAGGCUGGCCGGGUGUUGACGCUGCUUACUUUCGCAGAACUCACUCGCGCGGGCCUCCCACCCACCAAUGCACAAUCCCAAACGCUCGCUGAACUAAAAGCCUCCCUAGCCAGUAACUCAAAAACUUUCCUCUAAACUGAACCUCAAAAGCAAUGAAUCCCACGCCUCUCUCUCUCUUUCUCUCCAAACUGUCAAAAGCAAUGAAUCUCACGCUUCUCUCUCUCUCUCUCUCUCUCUCAUGUCUCCUCUGUCUCUCUCUCUCAUGUCCUCUAUGUGUGAACACGCCCUGUUUCAAACUGCCGAUAGCAUGAGGUUCCUGAAAACCGACUUAUCGGAUGAACCCAUUUUCAUAGGAUAAGACCUCUUUCUCUCUCUCUCUCUUUUCGUCAAACAGCAACGAAGAUGCCUCCUCUCAAAUCGCUCCAACACCAAUUUCCUAGCAUUGAUUCCAAUUUGCUCCAUUUCUGCGCUUCUCAUGGCAUUUUCUCAGUCGAGGAUUUCUUGGUCCAUGACCUCUAUAUGCUAGUUGCAUUGGCAGAACGCCAAACCUCGUCAAAAGGCUUGAAAGAGGGAAUUGCACAAGUUCUUACUUUCUUAAAUAAUCAGCAUUUUCCAUGGAUGAAUGGGGUUGAGUUGUUGGAGAGUACUCAACAUAAUAAGCAUUUUCUCUUGACUGGUUUUGACGGGAUUGAUACUCUUCUUUGCGGUGGCCUUUGUGAGGGAAACUUGACAGAAUUGGCGGGCCCGUCUUCUUCUGGUAAAACACAAUUCUGCCUACAUGCUGCUGCACAUGUUGCAUACACGUACAUGUGUAGUGUCUUAUACUUGGAUACGAGUAAUUCCUUUUCCUCCAAACGCAUUUCUUACAGGGUCAAUCGCUUGCUGGCUAGUCCAAAUAAAGGGGAGAAAGGAAGAAGCCUCGAAGGAAUCAUGAGUAGCAUACUCAGUCACUCUGUUUUUGACAUUUUCUCUAUGUUCGAAACUCUUCAUCAGCUAGAACUAUCCUUGAGUUCUCAGUUGUUUCAGGCAGAAAUUCAAAAUUCAAAGCUGCGGUUGCUGAUUGUUGAUUCCAUUUCAUCUCUCAUAACUCCAAUUCUUGGGGGCAAAGGGCCACAAGGGCACUCUCUGAUGUUAAAUGUGGGGUUUAUUCUAAAGAAACUUGCUAUAGAUUAUAAUCUUGCAGUAUUGGUUACAAACCACACUGUAGUGGGUGAAGGAGGAAAUUCUAAGCCUGCUCUUGGGGAAAGUUGGAAAAGCGUGCCACACACACGUCUGUUAUUAUCACGUGAUCAAAUGAGCAAUAUUUGCAAUAUGUCUAUACUCAAGCACACUUCCAUGGCUUGUGGACAGACAGCGAGUUUUCGGCUUGAUGGUUAAGGUUGAAGGUACACUGACUGCUGGUGCAUUGCUAAUUGGUGCAAGGCUAUGUAUGUAUAUGUAGAAGUAUGUCAGUAAAAAAAUUGAAUUUUUUUUUUUUUUUUUAAUUUUUAGUGGUAUUACACAGUUUUCGCACCCAAUUUUGCUAAGGAAAAGCUUUAACAAUUCUUCCA